AUGGGCUCCGUAAAUUCGCUGCGGGAGCAGCUCAAGUACGAAGUCGUCCCGCUGAAGUUUGGGACAAGUGGCCGCCGCGGAAAAGUCGUCGACCUGACCCAGCUAGAAAUCUACACCAAUGUCACCGGCGAGAUCGAAUAUCUACUGUCUUUGGAGUCCUCCAAGGGAGGCAUCUCGAAAGGAGAUGACUUCUACUUCGCCUACGACCUGCGGCCUAGCUCAACAGAAUUGGUAGAGAAUGGCAGAGGUGGCAUUGCCCAGGCGGUCGUCCAGGCGGCCUCUGACAACGGACUCACGGCUAUCAAUCUUGGCGCGAUUCCAACUCCGGCGCAGUCAUAUACCCUUCGAUCGAAACGGUAUAAACUCAAUACUUCGAGGGGCGAACUGCUGAAGAAGGACGAGGCUCCCAUCAAUGCUAGCGUCGAGCGCGUGCGGGAGCGUUUGCUGGAACAGUCUGCUAACGAGUCGCUUUUCGAUCAGCAGGGCCGCCUCCGGAGCGGGAACACGGAUCUGCCCAAAGUCCUGGGCGAUGGGCGGGACGCGUACAUCAAACGCUAUCUGGACUUCUUCCCUAACCAGCCACUCGCAGGAUUGAAACUGCUCGUGUACCAGCAUUCAGCCGUCGGAAGGGACGUCGUGGUAGAGAUACUGUCGCAGCUCGGAGCAAAAUGCACACCCGCCGGUCGCAGCUCUACUUUCGUCCCAAUUGACACCGAAGCCGUCGACGUCGAACAGCUCGACACCAUCCAGAAGCUGAUCGACGCGACUGGUCACUCCUUCGACGCCGUCGUCUCAACCGACGGCGACAGCGACCGUCCACUCCUCGUCGCCCCAGACGGAAACGGAAACGGAAACAAAGGCCUGCGCUUCUUCGGCGGCGACCUACUGGGCAUGAUCGUCGCAGAAUAUCUCGGUACCGACGCAGUCGUCGUCCCAAUCAGCUCAAACGACGCGAUCGACCGUGGUGCGCUCGCAUCCGUGCUGGAACCGAAGACGAAGAUCGGCAGUCCAUACGUAAUCGCAGGAAUGGAAACAGCAACCAAGAGCGGACGGCGACGCGUCUGUGGCUGGGAAGCGAAUGGCGGCUUUCUGACUGCAUCCGAUAUCGAGCGCGACGGCAACGUCCUCAAAGCCCUCCCGACCCGUGACGCUGUUCUGCCGCUCCUGUGCGUCCUUUCCGCAGCGAAGCAACGCAAGCUUUCCGUGCCAGAACUAUUCGCCACCCUCCCUGCACGCUACAGUCGCGCCUCCUUGCUGCGGAACUUCGCAAGAUCAGCUAGUCUGCGAAUCCUAGCGCGCUUCUCCCAAGACCAACCACUGGAGGAUACCAAGAAGGAGCUACUUUCUAUCUUCACGAAGGAUCAAGGCUUCUCAGAAAUCUCACGAAUUGACUAUACAGACGGCCUACGACUCAUCUUCGAGAACGGUGACGUGGCGCACGUGCGUCCUUCGGGCAAUGCCGACGAACUGAGAAUCUAUGCUGUAGCGGAUACGCAAGCCCGGGCAGACGAGAUCGUGGAGAUGGGCAUUAAGCAGCCAGAUGGGCUGUUGCGGCUGCUGGAGAAGGUCAGCUCUGAGUGA